UUCCUUGGCCUAUAUAGAAUUGACACAACGUCUCACACCAGUUCAGUUUAAGCUUCAGACGCCGAUGCAUAACACAAGUUGAAACUAAAUAAAUAGCAGACACGCACGCUACUCUGAUCAAUUGUUCUUAAUAUCAGGUGGGGUUUAAAGUGUGGUGUUACAGGGCCCUGUGACAAUGGUUUUGAUUAGUGGCAACAAGAGUGUUUUUCAACAAACAAAUGAUGAGAGGGCCAAAGCACAAGGUAUUACACUGCUUCAGAAUUCGCCGCAGCAAGGAAACAAGAAUGUGGAAAGUGCACGGACGCAGAAUGUGGCUAAUGCUGGCUUGAACAAAGCAAUGACAACAAUGGAUGAAUUCAAGUCUGGAUUUCCGUCAGAAGGCUUAUCAGCCACUUCAAAUAAAUGGUGGGGUAAUAGGGACCGUGAUGAUUGUGCAGGAAGUAGUGCCAAUGGAGCCAAGACUCUACUACCUGAGGAGAAAGCAGGGGAAGAGAAGAUGGUACAUGAAACACCAAAAACUGGAAACAGUGAAACUCCUCAUGGUUCUUCUUUAUUGACCGCUGUGAGGAAAAGGGCUGUGGAAGAAGGAAGAGAAGCAUUGAAAUUAGGAGUUUUUCGAGGCUAUGGCAUAAACAAGCUAAGCAAAAGGGAGAAAAUACUGCUCCACCAAGUAUUCGGAUCUUCACUGCCAAAGCCAUGGAUGGAAACAUGAUUUUAGUAGUUUUAGAGACACUGUCAUUCUGCACAGCUCAAUACUAUUUCUGAUUUACUGACACAACUUAGUGAGAGUUCCUUUUCUUUCCCUGGUUUUUCUGGUUUUUCCAUUGGUAGUUCAAUGGAAUGAAUGGUACGUUAUACUAACUAUGAUGAUCAUGUGACACUUUUAUCAGAUGUUGAAAUAGCUAAAUGAGAGGAACAAGAGGACCAAGUAGUGAAACAUGACCAGAGUCAGGUUUAGAACUAGUUUUCUACGACUAUGGACAGACUUUUAUUGUAAAUGAAUUGUUUAACAUUGUGUUGAAGAUGUUGUAAAAGAACAUUAUGUUGAAGAUUGAAAUGAACAUUGUGCCUGCUAAAUUGUUCGAGUUGAA